CUUUUCCUUGCUGCACAUGACCGGUCCUCCCUAUCUACACACACACACAGAAUCCACCCUCAGCUCCGAGUGCAGCAGCGCAUCCAGCAGCAUCAGAGCUGUUGAGGAGGCAAACACUGCGACACCUUCUUCAGCUGUUUGCUUUUGUUAACCGACACAUCAGGAUGGGAUUUAAAGGAGCGGUUUGUAACAAGCCUGCAUGCGUCCUGUAAGUAACAGACCCUGCUGGUUGCUUCCUGCUUGCUGAGCUUUUUCACACCUGCGUGCUGGGAAAGACAGUGAGAGGAAGAGGAGGAACGAUGAUCGACCUGAGCCACCUGACGGAGGAGGAGCAGGGGAUGAUAAUGACGGUGCUGAGGAGGGACGAAGACCUGAAGAAGGCUGAGGAGCAGAGAAUCAGUAAACUGGAGAAACUAGUGGACGACUCGCAGCCGAACAUUCAGCUAAAGUAUCGGACCGGAGAGUGGUUUUACGAGGCCAAGUCUCUCAGACACAUGGACAAGAUCCAUGGUUCAGAGAUCAUCCUGGCCUCCAUGAAACAGACGAAAGCUGGUUCAGACGGUUCCCUCAGGAUCGAAAGAUCCAAAACACCCAGCUGUCGAGGUUCAGACAUCGUCGCUCCACCAAAACCUGCCAGAUGUUUGGAAGCACUACAGUCGCAGGAGAUGAACAUUGCAGAAAAAGAACUUUUAAAUUCAACUGCCCGAUCUCCAAGAACGCCGAGGCACAACCCUUUCAACCGUGCUUCCCUGAUAGUUGUUGAGCCACCUGAAAUUAAUGAUGACAGGUCAACCAGGCAGGACCAGGAGUCAUCUAAGACAGAUCCCAUAUCUCCUCUGAAGAGCCAUGCAGCAGGGACCAGUCAGACUUCAGGGGGCUCCCUCACAUCGGAUGGCUCCCCUGUAGGUUUCAGGCCAGUGCCAAAGAAGAGGACAUUUCUCUCAAGAUGUAGCUCCAGUCAGUCAGAAAGCAACAGCCAGCCAUUAGACACUCAGGGUGGGUCAGCGAGGAUUGUUCCUGCCCCAAGACUGAGCCUACAGCGAGGGUUCAGUGAGAGCUCUAACCAGUCCUACGGGAAGGGCCAAGAUGAAGUACCGCAGAAAAGUGUUGCAUCUAAUCAAGUAUCUGAGCCAUCCAAAUGUCUAGAUAACAACUCGCAGCAGCCAUUUCAGGUUUCCCCUAACUCCAGUCUGGAGAGCGAAAGAUACCCACCGUCCAUAACCAGAGACAGGUCAGUGGGCGAUUCCCUACACAACUCUGCAACUCACAACCUUCAUAACUUCAGACCAGCCACAUUCACCAGGAGUGAUGUAUCCACUGACCAAGAGAUCCCGCAGAAAAGCGAUGAACGGGACGAGCGGAAACAAAGAAAACAUGCAGCGUUAAACACUUUUAGCCUGCACAGCAGCAGCAUUCAGGAUUCAGACAGAGGCAACAACAGCAGUGUGGGAACAUCAAUGACGCAGGGAGAGCUGAGCCUGCCCAAUAGCACUGUGGAUGCAGAUCCUCCUGUGUCUUACGAUCUGAACUUCAUUGAUAAGUCUGAUGAGACAACCCAUAAGAAAUCAAAUCAGAAAAACGCGUUUCAAUUAUCCACUCAGACCAGCUCUCCCACUGGUGAAGAGGGGGACUCCAUCGCGAAGGUACUGGACUGGUUCAGCCGUAGCACAGAUAGUCUCGAUUGGCUAAAGACAGAUGAUAUUCCAAAGGCCAAACAUGUAGAAAUUAGCAAAUCUAGGGACUCAUUACGAAAAGAUACCAGGGAUAUUAUAAGUGAUACAAAGAAUGAAACUUUAGAAAUGAGGAGAACUCAAUUACAAAUACAGACCAAUGAGGCCGUAGGGUUAAGAGCGACAGACAGAAUAGGUAAGAAGGAAGUUAACCAGACAAGAGAGGAGGUGAAGAAGGAUACCACAGAAAAAAUGCGGACUCAAGAAGGUACAGAUAAUAACGAUGAAAGCCAAGUGCUGCAAAUCUCUCAUUUGAAAUCAUUCUGGGAGAAAAGCAACGCAGGACCCAAAAUACUUAUCAGCAAAUCUAUUAAGCCCCAAGACAAAGGACAAAAACCUGUUCACCUCUCAGCAGAGAAAGACGAGGAGAAAGUGAACAAACCCCACAGAGCACCUGAUAUGCCAUCUGUGCCUGUUAUGUAUAACGGGAAGGGGAUUUAUGAUAAGUCUGCUUUAAAACAUGGGGAGGAAAGACAAAAAGAGACUGGAGACAAUGUUAACUCAAAGAAAAAACUGGAUGUAGACAAUCCAGUGAUGACUAUUUCAACUCAAAGAAAAGACAAUGACAACUCAGAUUAUGUAAAGUUAACAGCCGGUCUCCAAGAAUCUGAAAGAAGAGGUUCAGACCCUGAGGUUUUAUGUGUAACCAAACUCAGUCAACAGCCAAGGACAAACAUCCAGUCCAGUGCGAAACCAAACAAUAUUUUCCAGUCCAGAGAAACCCUACUGCAAGGGGAACUGUCCAAGUCCAUUCCUGUGUCUCAACUAGAUACAAAUCCCAACUCUGAGAAACUCUUUAUGUCUAGAAACAGCCCACGUAUGGAAUACAAGCAAGAUGAUAUUCAAACCACCCCUAAAACACAAAUGCGAGGUUCAAGUGAAAGAACUGAGAGUGAGGAUAAAAGCGUGCCUCCUAAACGAAAGGAGGAUACUAAUAAAGAUAGAAGUCCUCGCUCAAACCGAAAAGGUCUAACACAUCAAGAAAGUACUGCAGAGAAGAUAAAGCAGCUGAAAUCUUUCUGGGAGCAGGAGAGAAACAAGCCUCUAUUUUACACUGGCAAACCAAAAGCUCUUGGGGAUGGUAAAGUCCCUCGCGGUGCAAAUCAAGCAAAACUAAAUAAAAGAUAUACCAAGUCGGAGUAUGAUCUGACUUCAAUUGGAAAGGAUUCAGGCAGUGAUGAGGAAGGGUCUUCAAAUCAGAGAAUAGACAAGUUGUCCCCUAGCUUAGGAGCAAGCCGCUCACAAUUUCACACUCUGCGUGAGUUCUGGGGCGAGGCCUCAUCAGACACCAAGGCAUCAUUUCCCAUCGAGAAACCCAAAAGCUCUAAAAGGAAAGAGCCAAUAAAUGCCCAGCUUCCAUCUCAGGAGUUAAAGUGUGGUGACCCUGCUUUUGAGAAAACAAGACCAUCCGUCAUGAAAUCAUCUCUUCAGAAUCGAUCAAAGUCACCCCAUGACAGACAGGCAGGAUCAAAAGCAACAAAUGAUGGCACAAACAAUUUUCCUAAUUAUACGACAGCUGACUCCAGAAGGAGUUCAAAAGACUCCACGAAAUCCACAACCAGUUCAGGAAAAGAGUCUCGUCCUGCAAAGAGCAGAAAAGACAGUUUCAGCAAUUCAAGCAGUCGUGGAAAUUCCAUGCGUCGUGCCAUUAGCAUGGUCGCUCUCAGUGUUCCUGAUGAUAAAGAGCUUAAAUUGGAUGCUAGUCCUGUCCACUCCCAAAGCAGAAAGCAGAGGCAAAAUGCCGAAAAAGGUGCCUCAUCAAGGAGAGCAUCAGAGGAAACUGAGACUCAGAUUCUACGUGCACGGGCCUGUGUUCCCAGAGACUUUCGGCAUUACCUAGGUAUGACAGACAAGACCAGCGCCCAAACUUCUCUCGUUCCAGUUGUCAAGGAUGAGGGCUCUGAACAAAAGUCUGGAUAUGAGUUCGACCUUGUGGCACCGGUAAGGGCAAGCACUCCAGUGAGCUCAGAGGAGCGUUACAGUAGAAGGGGCAGCAAGACGAGUCAGCGCCCCCUGUGGGCAAAUUACAGCAGUUCAGAAGCAGGCCCGGAGUCGUCUGUGAGCAGCACGUCAGAAACGUGGUCCAACUCCAGGAACAGUUCAAACCGUAAGAAUGAUCUUGAAACCCAAAACCUUGUAACAAAAGCACUGAGGCGAGCAGAAGCACGGCCUAAAAUUCUGGCUAAAAGUAUGGAGGACAUCACGGCAUCCUUAUCACCACGGCAAGAAAGAAGGCAAGACCCAACUGCUGACAUGAGACGCAAAAGUAAUGUUUCAUCCAUCCCGUCGCCCACCUCAUCCUUAUUUUCGGAUCCGGAGCACCUGAAGAAUAUGAGCAAAUCGGUUCCUUCGUUCUUACAGAAGGAGGACGUUGGCAGAGACACUGACUCCACCUGCGAGGACAGUGACCACCCAGAGACACUAAUGAUGGGCAGCUCUUUGAAUAACCUCACCGGCUCCUCUGGCAUGGCGUCUCUGUCCUCUCUGAGUGGCAGUGUGAUGACCAUGUACAGCGGGGACUUUGUGGAGGUUCAGGGAAACAUCCAGUUCUCCAUCAACUACAUCCAGAAGCUCAGAGAGUUUCACAUCUUUGUGGCUCAGUGCCAAGACCUGGCUGCAGUCGACCCAAAGAGGGGCCGCUCAGAUCCGUAUGUCAAGAGCUACCUGGUCCCUGACAAAGCUAAUCUGGGAAAGAGGAAAACUUCUUUUAAAAAGAAGACACUGAAUCCAACUUUCAACGAAAUCCUCAGAUAUCGUGUUCGCAUGGAGUACCUGAGAACUCAGACGCUCAUUCUCUCUGUUUGGCAUCAUGACACGUUUGGCAGGAACAGUUUCCUGGGCGAGGUAGACAUCGACCUCUCCAAAUGGGACUUUGACCACACCCAGAUGAACUACUUGGCACUGAAAACAAGGACUCUACCCACUCUAGCCCCAUCACAUGGUCGAGGAGAAAUGAAGCUAGCCCUGCGCUUCCUGCCAGAGAUCAUCCACAGUGAAGGAUUAGUUAAGGAGGGUUCAAGUACCGGAGAGGUUCACAUUUGGGUGAAAGAAUGCAAAAACCUGCCUCUAAUCAGGGCCACCAUCGACCCAUAUGUUAAGUGCUUCGUUCUGCCGGACACAAGCAGGAAGAGUCGCCAGAAGACGCGCGUGCUGCGGAGGACAGUAGACCCAGCGUUUAACCACACCAUGGUAUAUGACGGUAUCAGACAGGCUGACCUAUCAGAAGCCUGCGUGGAGCUCACUGUGUGGGACAGGGACAGACUAGCCAGCAACCUACUGGGGGGUCUGAGGAUUGGAGCUGGAACAGGCAAAAGUUAUGGAGCGCUGGUGGACUGGAUGGACUCCACUCCCUUUGAGGCCGCCCUGUGGGAGCGCAUGAUGGUUACCCCAAAUGAAUGGGUGGAGACAUUCUCCCAUUAAGAGUGCUGAACUCUGCAAAAACUGGUUAUAAAUAGGUUUAAAUAUAUCACUCGCCAUCUUGCAAGGACAUUAUAUUUUUGAGCGCUAUAAACGCAAUAAGUUUACUGUUAUGAAGAUUUAAAUUCUGUCCAGGAAAGCUUUUUUAGGAUUACAAGAGUCUGAUGAAAAAAUAAAGUGAAGACAAUGUGUGGAAAAA